ACUAAACACAAUCAUUGCAGAGCCCAAGCUGGGGUUUUCAGGCUAGUCAAGAAUGCACGUACCUCGCAACACACGAAUUCGUCAAUGCUAGACUAGAUGGCAUCAUAGGUGGAGAAGCGGCGUGGGAGGCGAUCUGCUCUCUGGACUCCUGCCUGCGUUUGCACUACUUACGAACAUUGUGUGCUGGCGGCUACGGAAGACGUAAUGGGUGCGCAGAUGGCGGAAUGGAGCUACGGGAUCGGUAUCCUAUCCAUGCAACAGAGAUAAGGAGAUACCCUUUUCUAGACCGAUUGGCAGGAGAACUGCUCUUGUUUCUAGAUCUAACCUAGAGGUUUUACAAAGUCAAACUCACCGCGAAAGAAUAUUGUAGAGCACCAUGGCUAUUAAAGCAAGGAGCGUCGCAGUAAUCGGGGCCGGACCGGCUGGAGCCAUUGCCACGGAUGCUCUCGUUAAAGAGCAGGCUUUUGAUACUAUCCGAGUGUUCGAACGAAAGGCGAUUCCCGGAGGUGUUUGGGUCUAUACACCACAUCUCCCAGCAAAAAUUCCUUCGUUGAGCGAUUUAAUCGCCGGAAAUGGAGAUGUGCCAGUACAAAUUCCUUCGCAGCUCCCUGCAGUGACUCCAAAAUCGGAGGCCGUAAACAGUCACCAGUUUCGCUUCUCCGAUACGCCGCUCCAUGAGAACUUGCACAGCAAUAUCGUAGAUCCUAUCAUGAGCUACACCAGAUAUCCCUUCCCAGCAACAGUCUCUCCAGAUCUUCGCAAGAAAUAUGGACGAGAUUCGCCGUACCGGGAUCGCGAGCUAAUUCGCGAGUGGGUCGAAGAUGUCUUUGUUCGCAACGGAAACGACAAGCUUCUAGAGUUAAACACGACUGUGGAGAAGGCAGAGAAGAUUGAUGACAAAUGGGUGCUGACGCUUCGAAAGGAAGAGCCGGGUAAGAAUUGGUGGUGGCAAGAGAGCUUCGAUGCGUUGGUCGUGGCGAGUGGGCAUUAUAAUGUGCCUUGGCUUCCGAAGAUUCCUGGUCUCUUGGAGUACGACGCGCGAUUCCCAGGGCGGAUAAUCCAUAGCAAGCACUUUAGAAAUGCCAAAGGUUACAAGGGAAAGCGCGUGAUUGUCGUUGGAGCGUCCGUGUCUUCGUCGGAAAUCAUCCAUGAAAUUUUACCAUACGCGCAGCAUCCAGUACUCGGAGCGCUACGGGGCGAUCCAAUUCCGGCAUUUGGACUCAUUCCUUGGACUCAUCCACAUAUAGUGGUCAAGAAACAAAUCACUCAGUUCGAUCCCGAAAGCGGAAGGAUUUUCUUCGAAGACGGCUCAUCUGUCGACAACGUCGAUCAUGUCAUCUUUGGGACCGGCUACACUUUCAGCCUACCGUGGAUACCCGAAGUGCAAAAGACAAUUAAGGGAGCAUAUCGUCGACUUCCCGGCGUCUACCAGCACACAUGGAAUAUCGAUGAUCCAACUCUUACGUUCGUUGGAAUGCUCGGUGGAGGAUUUACUUUCCGCGUGUACGAAUGGCAAGCUGUCGCAGUUGCACGUCAUUUAGCAGGCCGCUCGAAGCCACUCCCGCCAGCCGCAGAACAGAAAGAGUGGGAGACUAAACGGGUUGCGGAGUUUAUUGGCGGGAAGAAUUACUACUCCAUUGCACCAAACUAUCGCGACUACUUUGAAUUCCUUCGUAACAUAGCUGGAGAUCCGGUACCAGGAACCAAUGGCAUCGCACUGGCGCCGUUUGACGACGAAUGGUUGAAGGUAUGGGCCGGUAUGGUCGCUCCAAAGAUUCAAGCAUGGGAAGAGACCAGAAAGCAAGCAGAGAAAGAGGAAGAAGAGCUGUGGAUUAAGGCCAAGUUGUAGGCAUGCAGAGGGUAGUGUCACAGAAUGCCUGUAUUUCUUGGCAUUUCACCACGGUCUCAUUCUGUCAGAUAUCCGAGCUGAUUACUUAGUCAUCUGUCACGGAUUGAUACUGGAUGAUGUAAAAUCAAGGUAGUAACGUAACAAGUUAGAUUCAUCUAUGAAGAGG